AUGUUAUUGUUAUUUUUCCCAGAUGUUAGAACUACAUCAAACACCAAUGGAAUUACAUCAGUCAAAACAACAGAAGCUCAGGAUCCAUCAUCAGACGUCCUUAGUACACAUCAAAAGAUCACAACUAAUACCAUUGCGACACAGAAACCAACAACAGACAUCACUGCUACAAGGCUACUUUCUACAAGUUAUAUCACUGCAGCACAGAAGGCAACAACACAACAAUCAACAACAGACAUUCGUACUUACGAAGAAAUAUAUCGAACCUAUAUUACUAGAACGCAUGAACCUUCAACAGACAUACCAACUACGCGAAUGCCCACUGCCGAUAUUUCUACAAAGCAGAAAUCAACAAAAAACGCCAUUACAGAGGAAAUUCCCACAACUUACAUUCCUGCCACAUACAAACCAACUCCAUACAUCCUCACUACGGAUAAAAUGACCAUAACCGACACAGCUACAACACAGGAACCAAUAACAGAAAUUCCCACUACGAAUAAAUUACCCGCGAUUGAUAUUUCUACAAGACAUUCAUCAACACCAUACAUUCUUACAACCGAGCAAAGUCCCACGUCAGGUAUCAGCACAACACUGACAUUACCGACAGACCUUCCUUUUACAGAACAAAUAGCCACAUCCGAUGUAACUACAAAGAAUACGCGUGAAACAUCAGAGCCAAUGCCCACAACUGAUAUUCCUACAACAGAAGAAUCAACCACAGAAAUUCCCACACCCGAUAUCCGAACAACACAGAAACCAACAUCAUAUAUAUCCACUACAGAGCUAAUUCCCACAACUACUGAUAUCCUUUCACCUAAGGAAUCAACAACAUAUAUUCCCACAACAGAGCCUAUGUCCACAACUGACAUCGCUACAAAGCAGGAAUCAACCGACAUUCUCACUACAGAGCAAGUUGCCACAACCACUUAUAUCCUUACAACAGAGAAGUUAUCAACAAAUGUUCCAACCUCGGAACUAAUGCCUACUACAGAGAACGUUCCUACAACCACUGAUAUCCUUACAACAGAGAAAUCGACAAAAAAUAUUCCAACCUCAGAGCUAAUACACACAACAGAUAAUCCUACUACAAACCAAGUUCCCACAACCACUAUUCCUUUAAUGACACACAAACCAACAUCAUAUAUUUCCUCUACAGAGCUAGUGCCCACAACCACUCAUAUUCUUACAACAGAAAAAUCAACUCCUUAUGUAUCCACCGCAGAGCAAAUUCCUACUACUGAUGUCAUUUCAACAGAGGAACCAACAACGGGUAAUGAGCUAAUGCCUACAACCGAUAUUCAUACAACACAGAGAGCAGCAACAGGCAUUUCCACUUCUGAGCUUUUGCACACAUCUGACAUCCCUACAACGCAGGAAUCAACAGAUGUUCCCACCACAGAGCAAGUUCCCACAACCAAUAUCCGCACAACACAGGAACCAACACCUUAUAUAUUCACUAUAGAGCAAAUUCCUACCUCUGAUAUCCAUUUAACAGUUGAAUCUACAACAGGUAUACCCAUAACUGAGCUAAUGCCCAUAACUGAUAUUCAUACAACACAGGAAGCAACAACAGAAUUUCCCAAUACAAAGCAAGCCCCCACAAAAGAUACCCAAACAACACAGGAAACAAUUUAUAUAUCCAAUACAGGGCAAGUUCCCACCACUGAUAUCCUCACAACAGUGGAAUCAACAACAGAUAUUCCCACUCGAGACCAAAUGUCCACAACUUAUAUUCCUGCAACACAGAGAGCAGCAACAGAUAUCCUUACUACAGAGCCAAUGUCCACAACUGAUAUCCGAGCAACGCAGGAACCAACAUCAUAUAUAUCCACUACAGAGCGAAUUCCUUCCACUGAUUUCCCUACAACAGGGGAAUCAGCAGCAAAUGUUCUCACGACAGAGCUGAUGUCCACAACUGAUAUUCCUACUACAGAGCAAGUUCCCACAACCAAUAUCCAGCGAUCAACAUAUAUUUCCACUACAGAGCAAGUUUUCACAACCAAUAUCCCAACAACACAUGAACCAACACCUUAUAUAUCCACCACAGAACAAACUCCUACCACCAAAAUAGUUUCAACAGAGGAAUCAACAAAUAUUCUCUCUACAGAGCAAAUGCACAUAACCGAUAUUCCUAUAACACAAAGAAAAACAACAGAUAUUCCCUCAACAGAACGAGUUCCCACAACCGAUCUACCUACAAAACAUGAACCAACACCUUAUAUAUCCACCACAGAACAAAUUCCUACCACCAAAUUGGUUUCUAAAGAGGAAUCCAAAACAAACAUCCAUACAACACAGCAAGGAACGACAGAUAAUCCCAUUAUUCUCACUACAGAGCAAAUGCCCAAAACCGAUAUUCCUACAACACAAAGAGUAUCAACAGAUAUUUUCACUACAGAGCUAAUGACCACAACUGAUAUUCCUAUAAUAGAGGAAUCAACAACAAAUAUUCGCACUACAGGGCAAAUAACAACAACUGAUAUUCCUAUAACACAACGAGCAACAACGAAUAUUCAUUUAACAGAACGAGUUCCCACAACCGAUCUACCUACGACAUAUGAACCAACACCUUUUAUAUCCACCACAGGACAACUUCCUACCACCAAAAUAGUUUCAACAGAGGAAUCAACAACAAAUAUUCCCACUACAGAGCAAAUACCCAUAAUUGGUAUUCCUACAGCACAGAGAGUAACGGCAUUUAUUCAAACUACAGAGAACUUUCUCACUACUGAUAUACCUACAACAUGGGGUUCAACAACAGGCAUUUUCACUACGAAAGAAAUACCAGUAACCAGUAUCCCUACAGUAGAGAAAAUAACGACAAAAACUCCCAUUACGGACCAGAUGCCCACAACUGAUAUCCCAGCAACAAAGAAAGUAUCUACAGAUAUUUCAUCUGAAGAGCAAAUUCCCACAACUGAUAAUAUUCCUUUAACACACAGGGCAACGGCAGAUAUCAAAACUUUAGAGAAAUUUUCCACUACUGAUAUACCUACAACACGUGAAUCAACAACAGAUAUUUCCACUACAAAACAAAUCCCUACAACACAGCAAGGACCGACAUAUAUUCCCAUUGCAGAGAAAAUAUCCACAACUGAUAUUCCAACAACACAGGAGUCAACAACAGAUAUUCUCACUACAGACCAAAUGCCUACAACUGAUCUCCCUACAGUACAGAAAUCAACAACAGAUAUUUCAACUACAAAAGUAAUGCCAACUACUUAUUCCAUUACAACACGGAAAGAGAAGGCAGAUAUUCCAAGUACAGGGCAAAUUUUUAGAACUGAUAUUCCUUCAACACAAAAAUCAACAACAUAUAUCGUCGCUAAAACUCAAAUGCCCACAGCUAAAGUAACUAUAACCGCGCAAGUAACGGAAUACAUUCCCAUUACAGAGCAAAGUACCACAAAUAUUAUUCCUACAUCACAGAAAGCUCGCACAGAUAUGCCCACUAUAGAGCAAAUCAUUACAACUGAUAUACCUGUAACACAGAAAUCAACAUCUUAUAUUCCUACCACUGGGAAAAUACCUAAUACCGAUAUCGAUACGAUAGAGACACCAGCAACAGACAACCCAACUACAAAGCAUAUCACUGCAAAACAUACACCUACAACAAACAUCCCCACUUCACGACAGAAGUUCAUUACAAAAUUUACCACACCAGAAACAUCAACAAAAGUCAUUACUAAAGAACGAAUGUUAAGUACCGAUACAAGUUUUACUUCAAAACAGAGACCAACGCCAGACACCCUUACCACAGAGCACAUACCUACUACCUAUGGUGCUACAACACAAAUCCCUACAACCGACACCCUCACCACAAAGCACAUACCUACUACCUAUGGUGCUACAACACAAAUCCCUACAACCGACACCCUUACCACAGAGCACAUACCUACUACCUAUGGUGCUACAACACAAAUCCCUACAACCGACACCCUUACCACAGAGCACAUACCUACUACCUAUGGUGCUACAACACAAAUCCCUACAACCGACACCCUUACGACAGAGCACAUACCUACUACCUAUGGUGCUACAACACAAAUCUCGACAAACGACACCCUUACGACAGAGCACAUACCUACUACCUAUGAUGGUGCUACAACACAAAUCCCUACAACCGACACCCUUACCACAAAUCACAUACCUACUACCUAUGGUGCUACAACACAAAUCCCUACAACCGACACCCUUACCACAGAGCACAUACCUACUACCUAUGGUGCUACAACUCAAAUCCCUACAACCGACACCCUUACCACAGAGCACAUACCUACUACCUAUGGUGCUACAACACAAAUCCCUACAACCGACACCCUUACCACAAAGCACGUGCCUACUAACUAUGGUGCUACAACACAAAUCCCUACAACCGACACCCUCACCACAAAGCACAUACCUACUACCUAUGGUGCUACAACACAAAUCCCUACAACCGACACCCUUACCACAAAGCACAUACCUACUACCUAUGGUGCUACAACGCAAAUCUCGACAACCGACACUCUCCCCACAAAUCAAAAGUCUACUUCCUAUGGUGCUACAACACAAAUCCCUACAACCGACACCCUUACCACAGAGCACAUGCCUACUACCUAUGGUGCUACAACACAAAUCCCUACAACCGACACCCUUACCACAAAGCACAUGCCUACUACCUAUGGUGCUACAACACAAAUCCCUACAACCGACACCCUUACCACAAAGCACAUACCCACUACCUAUGGUGCUACAACGCAAAUCUCGACAACCGACACUCUCCCCACAAAUCAAAAGUCUACUUCCUAUGGUGCUACAACACAAAUCCCUACAACCGACACCCUUACCACAGAGCACAUACCUACUACCUAUGGUGCUACAACGCAAAUCUCGACAACCGACACUCUCCCCACAAAUCAAAAGUCUACUACCUAUGGUGCUACAACACAAAUCCCUACAACCGACACCCUUACCACAGAGCACAUGCCUACUACCUAUAGUGCUACAACACAAAUCCCUACAACCGACACCCUUACCACAAAGCACAUGCCUACUACCUAUGGUGCUACAACACAAAUCCCUACAACCGACACCCUUACCACAAAGCACAUGCCUACUACCUAUGGUGCUACAACACAAAUCCCUACAACCGACACCCUUACCACAAAGCACAUACCCACUACCUAUCGUGCUACAACGCAAAUCUCGACAACCGACACUCUCCCCACAAAUCAAAAGUCUACUUCCUAUGGUGCUACAACACAAAUCCCUACAACCGACACCCUUACCACAGAGCACAUACCUACUACCUAUGGUGCUACAACACAAAUCCCUACAACCGACACCCUUACCACAAAGCAAAUACCUACUACCUAUGGUGCUACAACACAAAUCCCUACAACCGACACCCUUACCACAGAGCACAUACCUACUACCUAUGGUGCUACAACACAAAUCCCUACAACCGACACCUUUACCACAGAGAACAUACCUACUACCUAUGGUGCUACAACACAAAUCCCUACAACCGACACCCUUACCACAGAGCACAUACCUACUACCUAUGGUGCUACAACACAAAUCCCUACAACCGACACCCUUACCACAAAGCACAUGCCUACUACCUAUGGUGCUACAACACAAAUCCCUACAACCGACACCCUUACCACAGAGCACAUACCUACUACCUAUGGUGCUACAACUCAAAUCCCUACAACCGACACCCUUACCACAGAGCAUAUGUACUCGUCCGGUAUCACUUCGCCAGAAACAUUAGCAACAAAAAUCCUUACCACAGGACAAAUGGUCGUCACCAAUAAAGCUGCAACUACAAGACAAGACUCAACACCAGUCAUACCUACCACCAUGACUUCAGCACACACACCAACAAGUGAUAGCAUUACAGAAAAGACCUCAACAGCAGAAAUCAUUAAUGCCGAUAUCACUUCAACACCACAUACAAAUUUCCUUAUUUCAGAAGAAAUGCACAUUACAGGCAUUACUACGGUACAGCAAGCAAAAACCGAUUCUGUCACGCCACAACACAGGUUAUCAACCCGAGAACAAACAUCUUUCAACCCUUAUAGCAAUACCCUUUCACAAGGUGAGACAAUAUCUUUCUCUACAACACACGACAAGACCAGCAAUAUAAACACCCAUCCUAUCAUCACCAGAUCAUCUGCAUCUUAUCAAGCAAACCCUUCGCAGACAACUGAAGAGCCUCCUGGGAGGAUAAAUGAUACACUUCUCAUCAUCUUAGGAACAGUCGGUGGUGUUGUCCUUCUUCUUAGUUCGGUGACAUGUUGCCUGUGCUGCCUUUGGAUGGCUAUACUUCGCUCCAGACGUGGUCGCAGGAGAGCACAUUCGGCAAUUGGUGAUAAUAUAGAUCACUCUUCAAGUAGCCAAUCAACCAUCUACAAUCCGUAUUUUAUUUCAAGGGAUCCAUCAGAGCAGACAACCAUUACUACAUUACCAGAAAGCAAUAUUUCUAGACAUUGCAUCAGACCAGAGGUGACUGACCCAGACAUUGAUCUCAUUGUCGACCUACCGAUAUAUGAAGAUGCUGCAGUGGUCAUACUAUUCUGUGACACCAGUAAGGAUUACGUUGGAUAUGGGCCUGUCGCUGUAUACUGUUCUGGUGGUUCCUGGAUACCAGAUCCUUCCCAAAGAGAAUGCAAAGCUCCGUGCGAUGCGCCGGAAGUGCCUUCUGGCGUAAUCCAUUAUGAUGAUGAUACGGCAGGCAAGACAAAGGAAGUAUAUCCUCAUGAUACGGCUAUUCAGUUUGCCUGCGAAGACGCAGAAGGAACUAGUCUUUAUCAUCCAAAAGGACUUGAGAAAAGUAUCUGCAUGGAUGGCAGCUGGGACUUCGAACAACCGCCAAUAUGUGCAGGUACAUAA